GCGUAAGGAGAGGGCUGGAUCCUCAGCGGGUCCCGGCCGCGAGGCGACCGCGGGAGGCGCAGUUGGCGCCCUGAGAGCCGAGCGCGGGCUCGUACGGAACCUGAGCACAGGUGCUGGGCUCCCAGGCUUCCAGCUGAGGAAAGCCUCCGGGUGUAGGAGGCGUUUGCCCGCGGGGCCGCCGACAGCAGGCGGGGAGGUGAUGAUCGGAAGCUGGCACUGCCUGGUGGGCCCGCGGGAUGGAUCCUUAUCAGAAGAGCCGGAGGAGGUGGGCGUGGGGCGCCCAGUGUCUAGUGUGUGCUGACACUGUUCUAAGCGACGAGGAUUCAGUGGUGAACAAGCCGGAGAAGGUACCUGUGCUUAUGGAGCUUGCGUUUUGGUGGAGGAAGACAGACAAAAAUCAAGGAAAUAAACAAGAUAAUUUCAGAUAGUGUGUGAUUGUGGGAAAAUGGAGGAAUAUGAGAAGUUUUGUGAGAGAAGUCUUGCCAGGAUCCAAGAAACAUCACUAUCCACAGAUUGCUUUCUACCUGUCCAGCCUGAAAGCAUGUCACUUAUUAGCUUCCAUGGAGUGGCUGUGCUUUCUCCACUGCUUAACAUUGAGAAAAGAAAGGAAAUGCAACAAGAAAAGCAGAAAGCACUUGAUGUAGAAGCAAGAAAGCAGGUUAAUAAGAAGAAAGCUUUACUGACUCGUGUCCAGGAGAUUCUUGAAAAUGUUCAGGUUAGAAAGGCACCUAAUGCCAAUGAUUUUGAUCCAUGGGAGACUGAAACAGUUUAUUCUAAUUCAGAAGUCAGAAACUUGAAUGUCCCUGCUACAUUUCCAAAUAUCUUGCCAAGCUCUACUGAACACUCUACUUUAGCAAAGUUUGAAAAUGUAACUGGAAUGUUGCCAUUGAAUAAUGAGGAUGAAUUUAAAUCUAAUGGUGUAGACUUAGCUAGGGACUCAGAAGAAUUUAAUGCUCUGAAGCAAUGUGAUAGUUCAGGUAUUAGCCACACAGAAAACGAAGCUUCUCUAAAGACCUCAGCAACCCCGCAAGAGGCUCUUAUUUCUGAUGAUCUCUUCCCAAGAAGUGAUGAACAGGACCCAUCACUCUCGGAAAAAGUUACUCCGGAUCCCUACAUAAUAAGUCUUCAGAACCUGAUGAAACAGUCAAAGGAAUAUAUAGAAAGAGAACAAUCUAGACGUGGUCUGAGAAGUAGUGCAAAGAGGAGUAUUAAUGAGAGUCAUUCAGACAAAGAAAAUGAUGCUGUUAAAGUGACCGACUAUGUAAAGAAGGCCCAGUUGACAGGCAAACACUGUGGUUCAGUUAUUCCUGACAAACCAAGCCUUAAUAAAUCAAAUGUUCUUCUCCAAGGUGCUUCCAUUCAAGCAAGCAGCAUGAAUACAUCUGGUUUAAGUAGCUUUUCUAAAGUGGACAUACCUAUACGAACUGGCCACCCUACUGUUACAGAACCUGAAUCUGAUUUUAAAGUCAUUCCCACUUCUGUUACUGAAAAUAAUGUUAUCAAAAGUCUUACUGCUUCAUAUGCCAAAUUACCUAGUCCAGAGCCAAGCCUGAGUCCUAAAAUGCAUCGAAAACAUUCUAGGCCAUCAUCAGCAUGUCAUAUACUUAUAAAUAACCCAAUAAAUGCCUAUGAAUUAAGUCCUAAAGGAAAAGAACAGACAGUAGACUUAGUUCAGAAUACUGAUGAAAAAACAAAUAUACCUGAAACCGUGCCAAAGUUACCAGUUGAUUUAGCAGUUUGUUCAAGCAAGGUUUAUGCCAGCAAAAACACAUCCGAAACCAUACAGGAAAUGGUUUUAGCUAAAUCAAAUCAGGUUUGUCAAUCUUCAGGAAGUCCAUUAGAAAAUAAAGUUAUUCACGGACUUGCUAUCGUGGAAGGUCAGUUAACAUCUGAUGGGAGAGGACCACACAAAAUGGACAGUAUAUAUACUGCAAUGCCAAGAUUGCGUGAGCCAUAUGCCACCAGUCAGUGUGCAGCUAGUCAAAACUUUGGAACCGUGAGUGGAUUCAAGUCAACCAGUGCGCUAGAGAAAAACUGCAAUUCGCAGAUGGAACUGAAUAAGUCUUACGAUGUAAAAAACCCAUCUCCCUUACUGAUGCAAAACCAGAAUACCAGACAGCUGAUGGACACCCCUACAGUGACCUGUGGAAAUGAACAAGUUUUGGAUAACAGUUUUGAGAAAGUUAAACGGAGACUUGAUUUAGAUAUUGAUAGUUUGCAAAAAGAAAACUGCCCUCACAUCUUAACAACUGGAAUAGCUGAACAGGAAAGGCCACAUUUGCUGGAAAAAAGAUAUCCUAGGGGGUCUGUCUACAUCAAUAAGAACAAAAUGUUAGAAAGUGAUUCCAAAGAAGGUGAGGAUAUAUUGAAAAGCAAGAUGUUAGCUUUUGAAGAAAUGAGGAAGAGACUAGAAGAACAGCAUGCCCAGCAGUUAUCACUACUCAUAGCUGAGCAGGAAAGGGAGCAAGAAAGACUGCAAAAGGAAAUAGAAGAACAGGAGAAAAUGUUAAAAGAGAAGAAGGUGAAUGCAGCUGAAGCCUCUGAAUUGGACAUUAAUAAUGUGGUAGAGUUAGAAUGGAGAAAAAUCAGUGACUCUGGUUUGUUAGAAACAAUGCUGUCUCAAGUGGACUCACUCUAUACUUCAAAUUCACAUAGUUCUGGUUUCACAAAUUCCGCCAUACAACAUAGCUUUGGUUCUGCAAAUGAAGCACCGUUCUACCUCUGGGGAUCACAUAGUGGCUUGACCAAACUCUCAGUAACAAGGCCUUUUGGAAGGGCCAAAACUAAAUGGCCUCAGGUUUUCAGUUCGGAAGUACAAGCAAAAUUUAACAAAAUAACUGCAGUGGCAAAAGGAUUUCUUACUCGUAGGCUUAUGCAGACGGAUAAGCUGAAACAACUUCGACAGACUGUUAAAGACACUAUGGAAUUCAUAAGAAGUUUUCAGUCAGAAGCACCAUUAAAGAGAGGAGUUGUUUCAGCACAAGAUGCUUCCCUUCAGGAAAGGGUGUUAGCUCAGUUGCGAGCUGCCCUGUAUGGUAUUCAUGACAUAUUCUUUGUAAUGGAUGCAGCUGAAAGAAUGUCUAUUCUACAUCAUGAUCGAGAAGUUCGCAAAGAGAAAAUGCUCAGGCAGAUGGAUAAAAUGAAAAGUCCACGAGUGGCUCUUUCGGCUGCAACACAGAAGUCUCUUGAUAGAAAGAAGUACAUGAAAGCUGCAGAAAUGGGAAUGCCAAAUAAGAAAUUUCUGGUUAAACAAAAUCCUUCUGAAACAAGAGUCCUUCAACCAAAUCAAGGACAGAAUGCACCUGUUCAUAGGCUACUUAGUAGACAAGGAACCCCUAAGGCAUCAGUGAAGGGGGUUGUGCAAAAUAGACAGAAGUCUUCACAGAGCAGAGUGCCUAACAGAGCGCCUGUGUCAGGAGUAUAUGCAGGAAAAAUCCAAAGAAAGCGGCCAAAUGUUGCGACAAUUUAAGAAGACAACAUUCAUUAGGAUAAAAGGGGGGAGUUUCAUCUAUAUUUUUUUCCCUGCCCAAGACUUUUUAUUUAACCCUGAACUCUAUUUGCACAAAUGAAGUGACACUGAGCAAUUAUCUGGAUAAUUUGGUCAGUCUGGCUGAUUCCUUCCCUACAUCCCCAUUUUCCCCUUAAUAUUAGGUCUAGGUGAAGAAAAAUUAGUAGUUAGUAGUUGAUUCAUCUCUGUGUUUAACCUGUACAAACAUAAGUUUUUUUGUGCAUACCCAGAUCUGCUGAGAGCCCUUUUGUAAACUUAAAGGACAUUUGGGUUUAUUUCUAAAAUAUUGAAAAGGUAUGAGUAGCAAUUUUCUGAAAUACAAAUUUCAUUCAUGUCUGCAUACUGAUUGCUGAAUUUGGUAAAGUAGAUACUGUUCUAUUCAAGGGAAAAUUAUUGCAGAAGAAUAUUUUCCCCCAGUUUUGUAACUUUGAAAAACUCUGAUUGACCCCUCAGUCUUCAUAUUCUUGAACUUACAGGAUAACUUCAUAGGGUAAGACUCUUGCCUGCUGAUGGUGGUCCACCUAAAAUUUACCACAGAAGUGACUAGGGUCACCCUUUUGGUCACAAGUGCACAUUCCUUGCAACAACUGGUUAUCUUACAGAAAUAUUAGGUUGAAUUUAUGUUACCCCAAUAAUCUUAGAAGUAUUUCUACUAAAUUGUAAAAUAUUUGUGGAGGGCAAAAAUUUAGGGAAGACAGCACAAUCUUCGUGAAUGUAGUUAUCCCUUAGGAGUGCAUUAUUACACCCACUUCUGAAAACAGAGUAACAUUUUGCAUGUAGUUGUAUUUUCUAUGUAGUCUGUGCAUUUUGUUCCUUCACAGUCUGCUUUUGCUAGCAUGCUUGAUUUAGGAGAGAAUAAAGGGCUAUAUAAUAUAAUAAUUUCAGAUUUUCAGAUGGGAUAGUAAUACUGUCUAGUUGAAAUUCUGCAUAUACUUAAGAGGCACUGGUAUUUAAAGUUUUUCAUCAUUAACAUUCAUUUAAAAUGGAAACCAAAAGAAUGUCACCAAGAUCAGGAUUUUAUGAAAGAGAAUGCCACUGUUAGUUUAUCAUACUAUUUCCAAAAAGGGCUUUGUGCUUCUCAUAUAAAAUUGGGAUGGUGUAUGUUUAAUCUUUCUAACUUGAAUUUUAAAAAGAUAUUUUGAAAAUGCAGACUAUAUAUAUUCUUAAUAUCCUUUUAAGAAUGUGAAGAUAAAGAUUGUUUUCUCUGAUUUUCAGUUCUAUUUAAAAUUUAACUUUUACUCCCAGCUAUAGACAGAAAGUUUACUCGGGUGUAAACUUGAUUUUCUUUACUGAGAUCUAUCAUUUAUUGAAUGAGUGAACCAGAAAAUUGAAAGAUAGUCAACAAUAUCUGAGUUACCAAUUUUUUGUUUGUAGGCAAAGUAUAUCAAGUUAUCUUCUUAAUAUGAUAAAUUGUACUUUAUCAUUCUGAAAACUCAGGAUACAGCUUACCCUAUCGUGGGUUUUUCCAAUAAGAAAGAUAGAUGCUAAAAGUUUUGUGUUCUGUACAUUAAUGCAAAUUAGCUAAAUAAAACAAAUAGUGUGUUUUGGAGGAAGGUAAACUAGUUUUAGAUUAAGGAUGAAAAACUUGUGUUUUUUUACUUUGAAGAUAAAAGCUUGUGUAUUUCACAUCCUUUUUAAUGUUCACAGCUUUCCUCAUAUAAGUGCCAUUGUUUUGUGCUUUUAAUGGAUUUUUAUUUAUAUACAUUAUUUUUAUUUUGAGUGGAAUGUCUACUAAUGUAAAUUAUAUUUAUUUUUAUACUUUAAUUUUCACCAGUUUUGCUUCUAGGCAAAAGUCAAAAUAAACUUUUCAUCUUA